AUGCUCCCUGAAUUCCUGCAGAGUAGUUACGCUCGCUACAAAGAGGACACCAAUACAUUUGCAACAUGGCUGCUGGAGACAGCCAACCAAUGUGGCUAUCAACCACCGACCUUCUCUGCCACUGUUCCUGCCGCGAAGAAGGGGAAAAGUAAAGGCAAAAAGGGCGACUCCGAUGAUGCUGCAGAUGCAGUUCUUUAUAGUGUUACUACCAAAGAUCUGCAAAAACUCGCCGAUGUGGUCGCCGAUUCCGCUCUUACGGUCCCCAGGUCCGUCCUGACGAUCGCCAAACGGGCCAUCAAGUUGAGAAAGGCGGUCACUUCGUGGUUCUUGGGCCAGGGCGACGCCGCGGGGAACAAGGGUCAUGCGCAUUUUAUCACUGCGCUGGAGAAGAUCUGUGAGACCCUUGAAUGGAAGAUCAACCAGGCCUCGGGGAAGCCGGACGCGAAGAAGUCGCCGCAGCCCCCGACUGUCGAUGAGCAAAGUGACGACGCUGAGGCUGCCGCAUUUCUUAACAGAUUUGCUGUUCUCACGGUGGAGGAGCCUCAGGACACUGCGGCGCCGACACAACCAGCAUCACCUAAAUCGAAGACGAUCGUCAAAGUGACGGUCGUUGAAGAGGACGAUCAUGAGGCGGCAGACUCAUAUCUCGGUCACUUGUUCUUCAAGACCUUCUGCUUGCUUCAGGACCUACAUAAUAUGCGCAAGUUCCUCUCCAUCACAUGGUCCGAGUAUCGGAAUGGGAAAAUUGAUCUGAUGAACGCCGCUGUCGUGACUGACAGUGCAUUGCGACUCGCCCGCGAUCUUGUCAAAGACUUGGAGGCCGACUGGCGCACUUGCCUUACGAUUGAAGGUGACAACAAUGUCCAGAAUCUGGUUUUCAAUCUUGCUGUUAUGAACCGUGGUAGUUCUGAAGCUCCAUCGACAGAGAUUGGCUUGCCAUACAACAAGGACAUGGCUGAUGUCGCCGAAUGGUGCUACGUGCCAACCAUGGCCCUCCUCGAGUCAUUCGCAGCCGUUCUCCAGGACAAUCAUCUGCCAGUCUUUAAAAAGGGUCAUUUCGGCUCCUACGAUCCGAAAGCGGACAGAGAGCGUAUGCCUCUGGGUGAGAGAUUCAACGAGGACAAAAUGAUCCUCAUGUCGAUCCUGCCCGAGUUCUGCAUGCUGGAUGCAUUCAAGGUCCAGAUGCCGGUGGAAGAUGUACUAACGCGUGGCCUUGCGGAAUUCGCCAAAACCAAGCGCGUGACUCUAUGGCUUUGCUUUGCGUCCCAGAUCUUCCUUGACGUUCACCAUACCAUGCGACACAGCACCCUGGGUGCAUUUGCGGACCUUCGGAUGUCGGGACUUCGCAUCAUGAAGAGUAUCAAGGAGUACCAGCAACUGUCCAGAACCCACCCGCCGCCCACGUUCUGGCCCGAGGAGGGUGACAGGGAGAUUCAAGGUAUAAGCAACGCUGUCGAGUCAUGGAUCAUACAGGAUCUGUUCCUUGAUCUCCGGACACGGUCCGGACUCGACAGAGUUGGGCCCCAGCCGGAAAAGCACGCACUCCUCUCACAGCACCCUAUCCUUUGCGGCUUAUUCCUCUUUAACCUCAACCUCCGCAUGCAGUUUGUCGGCCAGCAGCUCGUCACGCAAUGGUACGACGUCCAACAAUUGGCCUUUUUGUACAACCUCGUCGUAAAGUCCUCCCCAGUGCACAAGGACCUACAAUGGCCCGAUAUGGACGCGUUUAUCAAAAUCCACGGGGAAUCUCACAUCUUCAUCGGCUCGCGGCCCACAAACGCCGCGGAAUCGCUGCAGCGCCUCGAGCUGGCCACGGGCAUCUCCUCCGCGACAAACUUUGCCCGCGACUCUCGAAACAAAUCCGAAUGGCACAAGCCCAACGGCAAGGACGCGCGCGUCCUCACGCCCACGAGCGCAGUCGCGAACCUGUUUUUCGAGCAGUACGUCAGCGGCCCCGAUCCUUUCGCAGGCGAGGCAGCCGGACUCGCAGGCUUCGACACGAUCCUCGACCAACUCUCGCAGCAGAAAUCGAAACUGGAAUCAUCCACACUCACCAAGAAACAGAAACAGCGCCAGCAGCAGCUUCAGAAACGACCAAAUCCAGAACUCAGCAUCGCGCGCCACUGGUCUCACACGCACAACAUCGACACGCUACACCUCCUCGCCUUCCUCAAGACGAAACUCUUUGAGGAAGAGCCGGUCAUCUUGUACAAUUAUUUCGGGAUGCACAAGCGCGCCGUCGAGUUACUGCGCCUCAUCCGCGAUAAGGAACACCAUAAAUUCGCGCAGUAUUUCACUGCAGGAUAUAUGCCCGAUGACUCGUUCAUCUCGAAUAUCGUCAUCCUCAUCCAUCAUGUUGCGCGCGGGUCCGCGCAGAAUGCGCGCGCCAUGGGACUCGGGUCACGUGGGGACAAUGAGAUCUGUAGUCGGAUUGUGGUCAGCGCUGCCGAUGUGAUGCGCGGGUACCUGGCGAAGAAUGGGGCGAUGGCGUGCAAGGAGCUCCGGGUGUUUUGCAAGAAUAAAAAGGCGAUAGUGCCAGAUGGUGGAGAUGAUUAUCGGGCCAAGGAGGACGCCGACCAGCUCGUGUAUUCUUGGUUGAGUCUGGAGGAUGUUUUGGGUCCCAAGGGUGUUGCUUCGCUCCAGACUGGGAUUCCCAUUGCGUGA